ACGCUACGAUCCCGCCGCCCGGGAAGCAGAGGAAAAAGAGAUGGAAGCUCUAUUCAAAAAGUCAACAAAACAGCUCUUGCCGCACGUGCGAGUGACCUACGGGGUGGUAUUCAUUGUGAUAUACCUGCACUUCAGCAUAAUAGAACUAAACGAAGCACUGUUAUGGGUGGUAUGAAUUAUCAUGUCGAAAUUGUGUUCGAGGAUGGCGUUGUUUGGUUGGCACGGAUUCGCCGUUUCAAUGCUACAUCUCCUCCUUCCCCUUUACGAGACCACAUUUUCCAGAGCGAAUUUGCCACGAUGAAAUUUCUCGAGAAAACAGCGGUACCAACUCCGAAGGUAUUUGACUUUGCUCCGGAAAGCCAGGACAGUUCAGUUGGCGUUGGCUACAUGCUAGUUGAGAAGAUGGCGGGUACAUCGCUGCGAUGGUCGAUUGCUUCCCCAGAGCAAAGAAGAAGAGUUGUGGAGCAGCUGGCGGACAUCUUCGUCGAACUUAGAAAACAUCCAUUCGACAGGAUGGGGUCUCUCGAUACUUCUGAUUCUUGUCAUAUUGGGCCAUUUGCUCGCGAGUCUCUAACGGAUUUUGAUGACUCCCGAAUGUCGCCCCUUGGCCCAUACUCCACACUCCAGGAAUACCAUACCUCUUCGAUCCGGCUCAUAUUGGAUCUUAUAAUACGAGAUGAGAUGUAUUCUCACAAUCCUAUCGACGCAUAUCUCGUUCAUCGGUUUCUCCUCGACCUUAUUCCUUCAGUCCUUCCUUCCCAAGGCGAAAAUGGUCAUCAAUUCUUUCUGAAGCAUGCCGAUGACAAGGGUGACCACAUUCUCGUCGACAAGGACUACAAUAUCACCGCUAUCAUCGACUGGGAAUGGGCUUACACUGCUCCGGAAGCGAUUGCUUUCAAUUCGCCCGUAGGACUCCUCCCAGUAAACGAGUUCUACGACGGCCUUAACACGUUAGGGGAAGAGGAGAAUCUGCUAGCUGAGACGUUUGAAAAAAAAAGACGAACUACAGCUAGCGCAAGCUGUAAGGAAUGGGCGAUUGCAGCAUAG